AUGGCUCAGGCUUCCAGUCUAGCAUCCAGGGGUCUGGGCUUUGCCAGCUGCUGCUACCCAGUGACCUCCCAGAGCCACUGGCUCAUCACUGGCAUUGUCACCUGGGUCAAGGUUGCUGAGAUUCUGGAAACAUCCACAGAGUCAACGUCUUUGCUAUCGAGUGGUAAGCAACAGAAACAGAUCAGUCAACUGGAGAAGAGUGAGCAAGAACAAAAAGCAUCUUGGAGCUACAGUGACUGUUCUCAGUUCUUCAAACACCACCAACUUUCACCCACAUCAGGCCAUUGCACACACUCUUCUCUGAGCCUGGAGUACCAUCUGGAGCUAAGUCACCCCUAUCUCAGGGACUGGGCUUGCAGUUCCCUUCCCCUGCCCCCUCCCUCAGCCCCAGAAAAGUCAUCUGAUAACUUGUUUGAACUAGGAACGUCAGCAGAAGCCUGGCAAAUAGAAAGAGAUGCCAGACCGACAGUCACAAGGAAAGGGAAAGACAUCUUUCGCUCUGAGAGAAGAGACCAGAGAGAAGAGAGCCAAGAAAAUAGAGUGAGCCUGGGCACCAUGCAGGAUGAAGCAGUCCACAGAAAUGCCCCAUCAGAGGGUGACCGGAAGGUAGCUGCAGAGACCUCCCCCAGCCCGGCUGGUCCCCGGGAGCGCGCAGGGGGUGGCCCGCGCCCCGCCGCCCGCCCGCCAGCUCGCCCGGGCCCCGGGCCCCAAGCCCCACGCCCGCCGCCGCUCUGGCUCCCGCGCUGCCCGCCGCUCUCUCCCUGCGCGCUGCCCUCUCGCCCCGCAGGCGCCGGCGCCCGCUCCCCUGCGCCCUUCCCUUCCCGGACGCGGGGUCCCCUCGCCAGCCCCGCCGCGUCCCGGAGCCCUCGCUACGGUACGGAGCCCAACGCGUCGGGCAACGCGUGCGCCCCGGGGCUGGUGCUGGAGCCCGGGCGGGCGCUGCACCUCGGGCCGCACGCCGCCCACUUCUCGUUGCCCGCGGCCUCGCUGCUGGCGGCGCUCAUGGCUGUGCUGGCGCUGGCCACGGUGCUGGGCAACGCGCUGGUCGUGGUGGCCUUCGCCGUGGACCGCAGCCUGCGCUCCCGCGGCAACUUCUUCUUCCUCAACUUGGCGGUCGCCGACCUGCUGGUGGGCGGCUUCUGCAUUCCACUAUACAUCCCCUACGUCCUGACCCGGACGUGGAAGUUCGGGAAGGGGCUGUGUGAAGUGUGGCUGGUGACGGAUUACCUCAUGUGCACCGCCUCGGUCUUCAACAUCGUCCUCAUCAGCUACGACAGGUUCCUCUCCGUCACCAGGGCGGUGACUUACAGGGCCCAGAAAGACAUGACCAGGAGCACCAUCUUCAAGAUGGCACUGGUGUGGGUGGCAGCGUUCCUCCUGUAUGGGCCUGCCAUCAUCGGCUGGGAGUACGUGGCCAAAAGCAGCAUCCUGCCCCGGGGGGAGUGCUAUGCUGAGUUCUUCUACAACUGGUACUUCCUCAUGACAGCUUCCAUCAUUGAGUUCUUCACAGCCUUCAUCAGUGUCACUUACUUCAACUUGACCAUCUAUACCAACAUUCGGAAGUGCACUUCCCUGAGGAAGGCCAACGCUGGCCCCAGCCAUGACGGCUUGGAGAUGGACUUCCAGCGGAGGCAAAACAAACACAUCAUAUUUUUUAAGUCAGCUGAGAGGACAAGCCGGAAGAGAAAAGACAUCUCCCAUAUGCACAAGGGUUCUUCCUUGGUUGUUUGCGGGACUCAAGAUUUACCCCCUCUCCAGGUGGACCACGGAAUGAGAGCAACCCAGCGGUGGCAGAACCACUACAGGGCAGACAAGGUCUGCAAUGCCCCAGGGCAACUGGACCUCCGCAGCACCAGGGCCAGCUGCCUGCGGCUCUCCCGGGACAAGCGAGUGGCUAAGUCGCUGGCCAUCAUUGUGUGUGUGUUCAGCCUGUGCUGGGCUCCCUACACUUUGCUGAUGAUCAUCCGAGCUGCCUGCCAUGGGACGUGCAUCCAGCACUCUCUCUAUGAAACAUCCUUCUGGCUCCUCUGGUUGAACUCAGCUAUCAACCCUGUCCUGUAUCCACUGUGCCAUGUGAGUUUCAGAAAAGCAUUCAUCAAACUGCUGUGCCCUGGGAAGGCCAAGAUCCACCCUCAUAUGUACGUGUGACAGAUACGCCUCCUGGGCCAGAUCAUCUAAACCUCUUGUUCUCCAAAAGUCAGUAAAGGCUUCCCUAGAUCACUCCCACUCAUUUCAUCUUGUCUUUGCCCCAAGGAGACAUGGUGCCCAUGGCAAAAACAAGUGAAGGCAUGGGCAUCUGGCACUGUGGUUAGGACAAACUUGGGACACCCACAUCUUGUAUUAGAGUGCCUGGGACUGAGUCCUGCCUCCGCUUCUGAUCCAGCCUCCUGUUAGUGUGCAUGCUAGGAGGCAGCAGAUGAUGGUUCAAGUACUUAAGUCCCUGUCCACCCAUAUGGGAGAGUUCGGUUGAGAUCCAGGCUCCUGGCUUUGGCCUGGCCCAGCCCCAACUGUUGGGGGCAU